GAAUCAUCACUCACACAUUCACUAUCUUCCAUUAAAUUACCACCUCCAAACAAUUGGUCAAUCAUCUCAUCCCAAAUUCACAAUGUUGGAAAAGUACCAAUUGCGCGAGGCUAGGCGGGAUGAGGAAAGAUCUUUGGAGGAUCAGCAGAUAUAUUCUCGUAAAUUUGAUCUCCAUCAAUACUUUUCCCCGGCUAGUAGAAAUACUAAGAGAUUUAUUUAUUAUGAUAAAUCUACUGGUAUCUCUCAUGUUCAUGAUGCCAACGAGAUGGCUGGCGAUCCAAAAUCUUUGGUCGUCGCUGUUGAUGGAACUUGUGCUCAAGAAGGGAGUGGCUCGGAAAGCAAAUCAUCUUACGGAAUAUUCUUCGGGGAGGAUUCGAGUUUCAAUAUGUAUGACACGAUAGAGACAUCUGAUAGGAAACAGCACACGAACGAUUAUGCGCAUCUUAUGGGCAUAGAUCGUGCCCUGAAUCUCAUAAAGAACAGUCCAGUUCUUGAAAAGUGGCGGUCCACUGGCGAGCGUGAAGGAGCAUUUACAACUAUUAUCAUGACGGACUCAGCAUAUGUUUACGACAACUUCACUACGUCUAUUUGGCUAUGGCGCAAAAAUGGCUUUGAGAGUUCUGAAGGUAAACAGGUGGUUUACGGUGAGUUGAUAGACAAGAUUGACAAGGCUAUUUUGGAUCUCGCGGAGGACAAAAUUUUGGUUCGGUUUUGGAGCGUUCCGAGAGAGGAUAAUAAAGAAGCGGAAAAAUUGGCAAAUCGUGCUUUGGAAGGAGAAAUGUAGUAUGGGAAGCGGUACUGGGAAGUUUGUUUCUUGGUCGAAUUUAUAAGGCUGUCUUGUCUGUACACGCAAGCGGUGAUAUUUUGGUGUCGAAGCAGGAUUCCUGGAACGGCCUGGGCAUCUCUAUUUGGAAGAGUGAAAUCAAGAAUCUUGGACUAUUGGAAUGAAAUCGUUUUCGUAAUAUGGAAGGCUCUGCACGUGGCGCUACGUACCUUUACAUAGAGAAAUAGGAUUUUGGCAUCGACUCUGUUAACGAAUUUGGAGAUUGGAACUAAUAAAGCCUUUUCGUUCUGGCUUUCGAUGCUGUCACGCAAGAGAUUUGCAGCAGAGAAUGCAGAUUAUUGAGAAUAACAAUUAAAAUUAUCCAUUUCAAUGAAGAGACAGUCA